GACCAAUAGACAUAUGUGAGAGGUGCUUGCAGGCUAUGGCGGCAAUAUUCAAGUAAAUUGGUUGGUGAGUUAAUUCCAUCACUAUGACGUCAUACGAGGUGAUAACAGGUUUCGCGGGAGAAUUGAUUGUGUACCUGGACAAGGAUAAUGAAGACAAGAAAAUGAUUGAUGACAUGAAGGAGAUGUGGACGGACAUACAACAACAGCGACAGAAACAACACAAGCACAUACAAACAGCCAUUGAAGAACUGAUAGGACUGAAGGAGGAAGAGCUACAGAAGAACCCCGGAGCUGGCGAGCAGGACGCUGGGGAACACAUGGUAGAGGAGAGGAAGCUGAAGCAGCAGAUCCAGAACACCAAGACAACCAAGGAGGAAACAGAACAUGAGUGCGAAGCCAAAAAUGCCAAUCUAGAACAGCUGCAGCAGCAACGGCAGCAGCUGAAGGCUGAGAGAGACCGCAUCAAGGAUGAAACCAACAUCUCUCUUCCUAAAGCAAGAUAUGAUGUGAACUUAUACAGCCACAUUACAAACAUCCGUUGGCGAUAUGAUUGUCAACCCAAUGAAGUCAUUGGAUAUAUGUGUGACAAAAACAGUGUGCGUCCGUUUUCAUUUGACAGGAACCAGGUGUCGGAUUCCUUCACAGUGAACUAUUUGUGGGACCUAAUGGAGGAAGACUGGUGAAAAUCCAAUGAAUCACAGACUUCGUGAAAACUUUGCUUUGGAUGCACAGGAACAUUUCAGUUCAUUUAACAAAAAUGAACCAACUCGAUGUAUAACUGUACAGAGGCCUUUUCCUUCAAGUUAUCUUGCAGACACAUUUCCAUCAACAGAUUGCUAUGAUUAGACUUUGAAAGCAAACUGAAAAUGCAACUUAACAUUUAAGC